GCCACCGCCGCCCCCCCCCCGCCCCGGGGCAGGUCCUCGCCUCGUCGAGAUGCCCGGGACGGUCCUGCUGCUCUGCCUGGCCCUCGGGCCGGUCCUGCGUGCCAGGUGUGACAGCACAGAGGAAUAUGAUUAUGAUUACCUCAGCAUCAAUAAAACCUGGGUCCUCACCCCCAAGGCACAGGAGACUGAUGCCACACAGAUCCUCAACUCACUGCUGAAGAACUAUGACAACAAGCUGAGGCCUGAUAUUGGCAUUAAGCCUACGUUCAUUGAUGUGGAUAUCUACGUGAACAGCAUCGGGCCAGUGUCUGUCAUCCAGAUGGAGUACACCAUCGAUAUCUUCUUUGCCCAAACGUGGUACGACCGUCGGCUUCGCUUCAACAGCACCCUGAAGGCCCUCACGCUCAACACCAACAUGGUGAGCCGCAUCUGGAUCCCAGAUACCUUUUUUAGGAACUCCAAGAGGGCUGACUCCCACUGGAUAACCACUCCUAAUCAGCUCCUCCGCAUCUGGAAUGAUGGAAAAGUGCUCUACACGCUCAGGCUGACAAUUGAGGCUGAAUGUCUGCUCCAGCUACAGAAUUUCCCAAUGGACACUCACUCCUGCCCCUUGGUUUUUUCCAGCUAUGGCUACCCGAGGGAGGAGAUUGUCUAUCGCUGGAGGCGCUACUCCAUUGAGGUCUCCGACCAGCGCACCUGGAGGCUCUAUCAGUUUGACUUCACAGGGCUGAGGAACACCUCAGAAGUUCUCAGGACUGGGGCAGGGGAGUACAUGGUGAUGACAGUUUCUUUUGAUCUAAGCAGACGUAUGGGUUACUUUGCCAUCCAGACCUACAUUCCCUGCAUCCUGACUGUUGUUCUGUCCUGGGUUUCCUUCUGGAUCAAGAGAGACUCUACACCAGCCAGGACAUCUCUGGGUAUCACAACUGUGCUAACAAUGACCACCUUGAGUACCAUCUCCCGCAAGCACCUGCCCCGUGUUUCCUACAUCACAGCCAUGGACCUCUUUGUCUCUGUGUGCUUCAUCUUCGUCUUUGCAGCUCUCAUGGAAUAUGCUACACUCAACUACCUGGUGGGGAACAAGAAACCACUUGAGCACAACAACAGGAAAGCCAGGCUGCCACCAGCUGGUGCACAGGUGAUGCCAUCCUAUACCACCAUCAACAUCAACAACAUCAUGCACUGGCCCCCAGAGAUAGAGGAGGAUGAGGAUGAUGAUCCUGGCUCCCCAUGCCUGGAAGGAAAGGAAUGUGAGAGGUUCUUCUGCUGCAUCGAGGACUGUCAGACAGGGAUGUGGCGCGAGGGGAGAGUCCGCAUUCACAUCUCCCGCCUGGACUCCUACUCUCGCGUCUUCUUCCCCACUGCCUUCCUGCUCUUCAACAUUGUCUACUGGAUUGCCUAUCUCUAUCUCUAGCCAUUCCUUAUCCUCAUCUGGAAUGGACUGGGGACCAGCAAGAUGGGCUUCCCAAGGAGCGGAGAGAACAGCAUCUCUUCCGUUGUAGUGAGCUGUUGGUCCGAACAACCUGACCUGGUGAUUCCCUCUUCCUGCUCUCUCAUCUCCUCCAAGAAGAAGCAGACAGCUUUUUUUUUUUAGCCUUCUAACAUCACUUUUUAGAAAAUCUACCCUUCCCAAACAAUCCCCUGUCCACCACCAGCAGUUUACUCCUUGUAAGAUUCCCCCAAAACCCAACCUAUUCCUGUCUCAAACGUUAGGGAUUUUUGUUCAAAUGACAACCCUAAUGAGUUGCAUCUUUCCAUCCACUUCUGCUCUAAAAUUCCAUGGGAAGUGAUGGCAAAUUGAGUUUUCUGCAUAAUUAUCAUGACCACCAUGGAAAUUAAAGUAGAUCUUACUGGCUAAAAUGUUUUGGACCUUCCCAGAAAGCUGACAGUGGCACUGACAAGGAUGGAGUGGCUCUCCAUAGAAUAUGUGGAGCUUCCUGGAUUGCUCCACUUGUACCAAGUGGUACCCAAAGCAUCGACCCAGUGAGGCAUUGCUGAUUCCCAUCAGAUGGUGGUAAAAAGGACUUCACAAGUCCAAAGGGCCCAUCUGUCUCACUACAGCAGGCUCUUCAGGGCCCAGGGUGAUAUUAUGCUGUGUGAUCAGGAAUUUGAGCAAGCUAUGUACCUUAUGUUGGGCAUAGCCAGAAAAGGGAGAGUGUCUUUGUGCUACAAAGACCAGAAGCAAUCUCAUGAGCCUGUUGUGAGGUAGCUUUGACUUGUCCCAUGUGAGCUGGGCCCUAUUGUACCCUGCAUGGCAGCAGGGCAGUGCUCUCCUUCACAAUGACACCUGCGCUCGCUGUUAGGUGCUACCUUGAGAAAGGGGUACCAGAAAAAGGAACAUGGUCAGGAACAUGGUCAGCUGCAUCUACUAGUGGUGGGGAGAAAGAGCAUUCCUGCAGCUCAGAUCUGUUUCUUCAUAAUUACAUAGAAUCCUGGAUUUCACUAAAACCAUAUGGCACCUCCAAGUUGCUACCAAUACUUGGCCCUCUGCUUCCCCAAAUCAGGAAAUGAAACAAGUCAUCCUUGGUAGAUUGCAGGAAGGUCAGACAGCGAGAUGUUUCCUUAUGGUCCAUCUUAAAUGGGUAGAGAGAUGGAUAGUAAAAUCUCUACUGGAAAGAAACUACAUGAUACAGAGAGGAAACUCAAGCCCAUAAGGCAGAGUGUAAGCUCCUGCACCUAGGCUGGGGCAAUCUCAGAUAUCAGUUCAGGCUGGGGAAUGAUGAAGUUGAGAGCAACCUUGCAGAAGAGGACUUGGAGGUGCUGGUGGAUGAGAAUCUGGACAUGAGCCAACAGUAUGCAUUUGCAGCUCAGAAAGCUAAUGGCAUCUUAGAAUGAAUCAAAAGAAGUGUGGCCAGCAGACGGAGAGAGGGGCUUCUGCUACUUUGUUCUGGUGAGACCUCACCUGCAGCACUGUGUGGGAGGCUGCAGAGGGACUGAUUGCAAAGACCUACAGUGACAGGACAAGGGGCAAUGGUUUGAAACGAGAGAAGGCAAGAGUAAGAGUGGAUAUUAGGAACAACUUCUUUACCUUGAGGGUAAUGGAACACUGGAACAGGUUGCCCAGGGAGAUAAUGGAAGCCCCAUCCCUGGAGAUAUUUAAAGUCAUGCUUGACAAGGCUCUGAGCAAGCUGCUCUAGUAGAGGAUGUCCCUGCUGACUGCAGAGGGGCUGGGCUAGAUGACCUUUGGUGGUCCCUUCCAAGCCAAGCCGUUCUAUGAUUCUAUGUGUAUGUCCUCCCCAUUCAUACCAACUGUUGAUGUGGUCCAUGGCAUGCUUAAGAAAAAAAAACAUGUGCUGUGAGUAGUUACUUGCAGUGUAAAUUACAUAUACACACAAAACCUUUCUAAAACAGUAUGUUUUAGAAACCAUUAGCACUGGAAAGGCUUGUCACAAGAAGAAAGCUGCCAUGGCUGCAAAGGGAACAAGCGGCUCACAGGACAGCUAAUGGGGGCAGGAGGCUUUCCAUAUUCUUCAAGAGCAGUUUAAUCUGUUUUAAAGACAGAUUUUGACACUGUUAAAUCUGAUCUGAAUAAUGAAAUGUCAUAUUUAAUUCAUUCACAAACACAGCCUUACCUUGGUUGCAGAGGAACAGCUAGAGCUCCUAAUUAGGGAUACAAUGGUACAACACUCAGCUAAGUAUAACCUAAUGGGGUCAGACCAGCAUAGCUCUGGAAGGGAAAUUAUGCCUGUCUAACCUGUUACAGCAGUGCUUUUAAAAUACCAAGUAAGAGAUAAAGGUUACCCAGAAGCAUAAUUUACUUGGCUGCUCCGACAGCUUUUGAAAGGGUGGAAAGAAAUUAUGGCGGGUGGUUCUAGCUGAGGAAAUUGACUUAGCAAGAGAAUUAUUAAGGAGGUUCUAAUUAAAGGAAAUUAACUGAGGAGAGGGGAAGAAAGAAUUGUUAAGGAGGCUCUAAUUAGAGGAAAUUAAUGUUUUAGAGAGAAAGACACAGAGAGGGAGAAGUCUAAGAAAAGAAAUCAAAACAACUUCCAGACAAGGAGAGCUGCUGGUUGACAGCACCGACUCCCAGCCAAGCAGGCUGGUGUUCUGCUCCUGAUAGCAAGGCACUGUUAGAUGUAGCAACAGAAACAUCUGCUGUCGCUCAACCAUGCUCCAACAGGGAGCCAGAUUAAACAGGGUCCUGUGAUCUCUGUGGAGAGUCAAAAGGAAAGAGCGUCCUAGGCUGGAACUGGCUCGCACGACAGACUCCGAGUGAAACAUCUCCUCGUGUGUCAGAAGGCAGCUUCCAGCGUGUGUGUGGGCAGGGGCACCCUGGUAGCAAGCCAGGGCCCAUGCUGCAUGUGCUCAUUAGGAGUGCAGUGGUAUGAAAGGUGUGCAGGCAGUGCAGGCUGCAGCAAAUGCAGGCAGCAAAAUAGGAAAGGAGAGCAUCUGAGAAAGAGGUGGUGGGGGCCAAAAUUUGCCAUCCAUAUCUAAGUUAGAGUCCAAACAUCUGCAGUUCACUGCAGCUUUGAAGCAUUUGGGAGGAAAUGGAACCAUCAUCGCCUUCUUCUGCCUCAUCCAGAUGCUGGUUGGGCUUGACUCUGGGAUCUUCUGGCAGGAGAUGGACACAGACAAUCAUCUUGGGCAAGUGAGACACUGGGCAAGUCACUUGGGCAAGUGACACUGAGAGCAAGUGGGACCUUUUACAGAAUCAACCAUGAGAGAAGUAGGAACUUGGGCAAAGUAGUCUUGAAAGAUUAUAAGAUUUCACCAAAAAUGACAAAGCCAACACACACCUAAGGCAAUUUAACCAAUGAUGGAAGAUUUGACAGAUGAAAAUAGCCUAGCGUGGGCUGCAGCUCAAGGAAGCUGAUUACUAAGGCUGGGGAAGGAGGAGGGAGGGGGCUUUUUGGCUUAGGGAAAUCUAUGCCCAUCCUAAAUAGCUCAAUAAAUAAAGGCAUGCACAAAUUCAA